AUAAGAUCUAGGGUUUAGUGUUUUAGGGGGAUAUGAUGUCGGCAAGACACUUCACGAUUUUGUUCAUUGCAGCUUAUCUUGUCCAAACCUCACUAUCUUUGUCACCAGACGAUGGCUCAGGAAGCUGUGUGCUAAAUUUUACAUCCUACCCAUACCAACCUACUGGGGAGUGCAUAAGUCCUGUCAAGCUGAAAAUAAAGGCCUGGGAUAGCUGGACAACAAAGAAUCCCUGCUGCCGAAAUCUGCUCACCACUUUGUCCCGAGCCUUGGCCUUCCAAGCGUUUAAGACACAGGGCGAUGUCUUUGUUUCCAAUGCGCAAUGGAACAACUGCACUGGCCCAUUUGUUCGUCAAGGCGUGUCUGCCAUUAGCUGUGGCUUCAAGAACCUUUACUAUGGCAGCAGCGACUGCUCCAAAGUAAACUUGGCAGAGAUUAAGCAAGGGAACGAGUAUCAACAGGCAUUGAACCUUUGCUCUCAAUUUGGCAGUGCUUCAUCUUCAUUCGAUGCAGUUUGUGGCCCUUGCGCUGCUUCCUUGCUAGGUCUUAAGACACAUUUAUUGGAAGAAUUUCAUGAUGAUACCAAUAAAACCGAAGAUCCCAUAUGCGGUGUCGCUGCAGUUAUUUCCGUUGCAGCCGGGAACAUUUCGAGUGCUUAUAUGGACGAUUACUUUGGGUGCUUGACUAAGUUAGACAAGUUCGAUCCAGGUUACCUCAAACUCAAAUAUUCCUUGGUAGAAGCUGUACUUUCUAUCAUGAUCGCCGUCACAGGAGUAGUGCUGAUAGUCCUGCUGAUAAAGCACGUUACUAAGAAGAAGCCCCUAAAACCGAUUCUAUCAGGAUCAACAGCUGGUGCAUGGUCUGGCCUGUACAGAUUCUCCAAAGCGGAGAUUGAGAAUGCCAUAAAUUAUGGACCUGAAAGAAAGAACCUUGGACGAGGAAGUGCAGGUCAAGUUUAUAAAGGGGUUCUUCCUAGUGGACAAGUUGUGGCUGUUAAGCACAUACACAAGAGUAACAUAUCAGAUUCUUUUACAAGAGAAGUGGAACAGCUUACAAGGGUUCGACACCCGAACUUGGUCUGCCUCUUUGGUUGCUGUGUUGAAGGCGGUGAGCAAUAUCUAGUGUAUGAAUAUUGCUCAUCAGGGAAUCUAGCUCAACAUCUCUUAAGGAACGACCCUGUGUUAUCAUGGGAGAGAAGAGUAAAGAUUCUCAGAGACUGUGCGCUUGCCUUGAGGUAUCUCCACCACUAUAUUGAUGGUUGCAUAGUUCACAGAGAUAUUAAGCUUACAAACAUCCUUUUGACUGAGAACCUGGACCCCAAGCUAUCUGAUUUUGGAUUAGCGAAGAUGUUGGGGAUGGAGGAGAGCAAAGUAUUUACCGAUGUAAGAGGAACACUAGGGUAUAUGGAUCCAGAGUACAUGACCAAUGCCAAAUUAACAUGCGCCAGUGAUGUCUAUAGUUUUGGUAUCGUUGCCCUGCAACUUCUGUCCGGCCAGAAAGUAUUUGAGCUUGAUCUUGAUGCGAGAGAUCAACUUACAAGAAAGGCAAAGGAUGUGAGCAUGAACAAGCGCCCACCCGAAGAUCUUGAAGACCCAAGACUAAAUGGAAAUGUCAACAAGGCUGACUUUGAAUCAAUUCUACAUAUUGCAGUACUUUGUGUUGCCAAAUCAAGCAAGGAUCGCCCUAAGAUUGACGUUGUUUUUGAAGAGAUGGACAAGGCUUGGCAUAACACUCGGGCUGAAUUGAGGGCACAAAAAGGGAUGAGUUCAACAGCAGCACCAUUGUCUUUAUCUUCAGGAGUGUUAUCGGUAUGAAACACGAACAUGAUCGAGAUCCAUACAGGUUUUAUCAGCGGGCUGUGGCUUUUUUUUUUUCUUGGGAAUAAUAUUGUUGUAAUAUAGGUAACCACUGCAUAGUACUUGUCGUACGUACGUAGUAUUACAAAUCAAUGAUGUACAUAUUUUUGUAAUCUA